AUGGCGGCGGCGGAUAGGCAGCUUGUGGUUGCCGUCGAGGGGACGGCGGCGCUGGGGCCCUACUGGUCCACCAUUGUGGCGGAGUACGUCGAGAAGAUCGUGCGGAGCUUUUGUGCAAGUGAACUGCCAGGCCAGAAGCUUUCAGGGGCUCCGCCUGAGCUUGCAUUAGUUGUUUUUCAUACCCAUGGACCCUACAGUGCUUUUGAUGUGCAGCGAAGUGGAUGGACAAAAGAUACCGAUGCUUUCCUGUCAUGGUUAUCUGGAAUAUCAUUCAGUGGUGGAGGAUUCAGUGAAGCUUCUACUUGUGAAGGUCUUGCAGAAGCACUGAAGAUACUUCAAGGCAGUCCUAAUACAACCCAAAGUCAUCAAAACCAUGAAGCACAAAAGCAUUGCAUACUUGUCGCCGCAAGUAAUCCUUAUCCUUUGCCGACACCUGUAUACUGUCUUCCUACUCAAAGUACUGAUCACAAAGAGAACAUUGAGACAGCAAAAGAAUCUUCUAUUGCUGACGCUGAGACCGUUGCAAAGUCAUUUGCUCAGUGCUCUGUCUCACUGUCGGUGAUAUCUCCAAAACAACUUCCAACAUUAAAGGCGAUAUACAAUGCGGGCAAGCGAAACCCUCGAGCUGCUGAUCCAUCAGUCGACCAUGCGAAAAAUCCACACUUCCUUGUUUUGCUAUCUGAGAAUUUCAUGGAGGCGCGAACUGCUCUAAGUCGUCCUUUACAUGGAAACUUGGCCCCAAAUCAAACCAUUACGAAGAUGGACACUGCACCUGCAGUGACUAUGCCAGGACCAACUUCAAAUGCCAACCCCUCAGUGAAUGCAAUGACAGGCCGUCAACCAGUUGUUGGAGGCAUUUCUACCGCAACUGUUAAAGUGGAACCAGCAACCAUGCCACCGAUAGUUUCUGCACCUGCUUUCUCACAUGUAACACCUAUUUCAAAUGUGGCUUCACAAGGAAUAUCAGCACUUCAAACCUCAUCACCAUCUCUUAUUUCACAAGAAGCAAAUAUGGCAAAUGAUAAUGUGCAAGAACACAAGCCUAUAAUAAACCCUGUUCAACAGCCAGUUCGGCCUGGUGGUCAUGGCAGCCUCCUCAACAAUCUGUCACAGGUUCGGUUGAUGAACUCAACUUCUUUAGGAGGAGGAGCUACCUCGAUGGGACUUCCUAACAUGGGGGCAACACCAAUACAAGUCCACAUGUCAAACAUGAUAUCAAGCGGCAUGACAUCAACACCCUCUGUCAUCUCCUCUAUGUCUGGACCUGGACAACCUAUUGGUACUCAACAGAUGGUACAGAGCACAGCUCUUGGUUCCUUUGGCUCAAACACUUCUACUGUAUCAGGCAAUUCAAAUGUUGCUGUAUCAUCCUCUCUAACUAACAACCAAAGCAGUAUGGGCAUGGGUCAAUCAGUGCAACCUGUGGCACAAGGAGGCUUGGUGGCUGGUUCACAAUUAGGACAAGGUGGAAUUGGUGCAAACCAAAAUGUGAUGAGUAGCCUUGGAUCUACAGCUAUCUCUUCAGCACCUGCGAUGAUGCCAACACCUGGGAUGGUCCCACAGACAGGAGUCAAUUCCUUAGGUGUGAAUAACAAUCCUGCUAUGAAUAUGCCUAUUCCACAGCAUGCCAAUGCCCAACAGCCGCCACCAAAGUAUGUCAAAAUUUGGGAGGGAACUUUAUCUGGCCAAAGGCAAGGACAGCCUGUAUUUAUUUGUAAACUCGAAGGUUAUAGGAGUGGAACAGCGUCUGAAACACUUGCAGCGGACUGGCCAGAAACUAUGCAGAUUGUUCGCCUCAUAGCCCAGGAGCAUAUGAACAACAAACAAUAUGUUGGCAAGGCAGACUUUCUAGUUUUUCGGACUUUAAAUCAGCACGGGUUUCUUGGACAACUACAAGAGAAGAAGCUGUGUGCUGUGAUACAGUUACCAUCGCAAACUCUGCUGUUGUCAAUGUCUGACAAAGCAGGUCGUUUGAUUGGCAUGCUCUUCCCUGGGGACAUGGUGGUGUUCAAACCGCAGGUCCCAACUCAGCAGACACCAAUGCAGCAGCAGCAGCAGCUACAACAACAGCAACUUCAACAGCAACAACAGUUACAGCAGCAGCAGCUGCAACAACAACACAUGCAUAUGCAGCAGCAAGGCCUCCCACUUCAGCAGCCGCAGAUGCAACUUCAGCAACAGCAGCAGCCGCAGAUGCAACCGAUGCAGCAGCAGCCGCAGAUGCAACAGAUGCAGCAGCAGCCAACACAGAUGCAACCGAUGCAGCAGCAGCCAACGCAGAUGCAGCCGAUGCAACACCAGCAGCCACAGCCGCAGCAGAUGCAGCCGAUGCAGCACCAGCAGCCACAGCCGCAGCAGAUGCAAUCGAUGCAGCACCAGCAGCAGCAACAGAUGCAAUCGAUGCAGCACCAGCAGCAGCAACAGAUGCAGCCAAUGCAGCAACAGCAGCAGAUGCAGCCAAUGCAGCAACAGCAGCAGAUGCAACCACUGCAGCAACAGCAGCAGAUGCAGCAAAUGCAGCAUCAACAGCAGCAGAUGCAGCAAAUGCAACAGCAGCAGCAACAGAUGCAGCAAAUGCAGCCUCAACAGCAGCAGCAACCCCAGAUGGUGGGUACAGGAAUGGGGCAGCAGUUCAUGCAGGGGCACAAUCGGGCAGUGCAGAUGAUGCAAGGGAAGAUUACGCCACAGGGGCCGCCUGGGGGAGGCUUCCUACCUUAA